UUUCGAAAUCAACACAAUGAUUUGAAAUUCUCAAACGAGUGUACAUACAAGUGAAUAGAUUUCCGCAUAGUGAUCAAUUCAGUGAAGUGUUUUGAACUGUUGUGAUUUUUUUACGGAAAACUUUUGGUGCAUUCAGGAUGAUCGCUUUAGUGUGUGUGAUCGCAUUGUGCGCGGGAGCAGCUGUCAGCUCGCCAAUCGAGAACGGCCGGUGGAAUCCCUACAAAUACGGCGACGAUGGCAAAUAUAUACCUACAAAUGAGGGAAAAUACAUCCACAUUCCGAAUCCAUACAUCCACAUAGACAACCCCUAUGAUGGUGGCUAUGGACCAUACUCCCACGAACACGAUCCCUACAUCAGUGCCGCUACUCAGGACACGUACAAAUACGUGUUAACCGCAGCAGAAGACAACCCUUUCUACAAGGAGGGAUACUACAAAAAUAACGGCAUUAAGAUUAUCAGCCAAAAGCACAACUAUAAAGAAGACAAAUACGACUUCGAUUUCGAGACCGAAAACAAAAUCCGUGGAAAGGAGGAGGCUAUUUUGAAAAAUCCAAACACGAUCGACGAGGGAAUUGCUUCAAAGGGUUUCUACGAAUAUAUUGGUCCUGAUGGAUUCAUGUACAGAGUCGACUACACUGCCGACGAAAACGGCUUCCGCCCCAAAGUGAAGAGGCUGGAAACGCCAUACUCAGGAAAAUGGGUUUUGGAGAAAAACAAUUAAACAUACCUGCCAAAAAUUACAUUCCUCAUGAUAUCAAUCAGUAUUUUCAGAUAAGUAGACUCAGUAAUGAACUCAUUUCAUGCACCUCUUGGAAUUUGAAGCAAAGUCACGAACUUCACGCUUGUGACAUUCUGUGAAGUCAACCGUGAUUCAUAGAUUUAUGCCCAUUGUAAAUCAUGAAUUGAAAACUUGGCUUAAAUGAGUACAAAGUUGUCAAGGCAUGAAUGUUCCUUUAGGAAAUUAUGUCUGUGUAGACAUUAGAAAAUAAUUUAUAUUUAGAUUUAAGAACUUAGUGUUUUCGGAUUAAGAUACGUAUUUAUACAAUGUGAUAAUAAAUUUAUACUUGGCUA